AUGGGGGGAGGUGAUUUGAAUAUGAAAAAAUCCUGGCAUCCCCUCUUGAUUCGCAAUCAAGAGAAGGUAUGGAUGGAGGAGAAAAAAGCCUUGGAAGAAAGAAAAAGAAUUGAACAAAUAAAAAAGGAAAUAGAAGAAGAAAGACAGCUUCAAGAAUUGCAAAAAUUACAAGAAGCAUCAGGCGGAAAAAAACGUGUAGAGCGUUUAGAUUGGAUGUAUGCAGCACCACAUCUUUCAGAUGAUUCAAAAACAACCGAAGAAAUGGAGGCAUAUUUAUUAGGGAGAAAAAGAAUAGACGAAAUUCUUAAAGAUGAUAAUACAAAGCUUGAAAAUGGAAAAAAACCAUUUAUUGCUACACAAAAUGCAAACACGGUAAGAGACAUUCAAAAUAAAAUACGGGAAGAUCCUUUGCUGGUUAUUAAAAAACAAGAACAAGCACAAUAUGAAGCUAUUAGAAAUAACCCUAUUAAAUUGCGUCAACUUAUGGAAGCACAAAAUGAAAAAAAAAGAAAGGAAAAUAAAAAUAGCCAUCAUUAUUCACAUCAUUCACCAUCAAAACAUAGUAAUGGCGAAUCAAGAAGCCGCAAUCUACAUCAACGACAUUUAGAUCGAUCUCCAUCUAGACAUCAUUAUAAUCGUACCUUGAAAUCACCUAUUUCUCGCUCAUCAAGAUCCAUAUCACCACGCCGAUCUUCCCGUUCUGAAAGAUGCUAUGAAAGAUCAUAUGUUUCAAAUCACUGGACCUCAAAAACAACAAAUGCAUCAAACAAUACCAUUAAUGGCAAACACAAAGAAAAUGAAAAAGAAAGAGAAGAACGGCUUGCUGCUAUGACAAAAAAUGCAGAAACACUAGAUAAAGAACGUCAAAAGCGUUUACUGGAGCUCUCUAAACGAGAGGCAGAGGAUGAAAAAAGAGAACAUGAAGAAAGAAUGGCAAAUAAGAAAUGGGGUGAUAAUAAAAGCACUUAUUUAAGAGAAGUGGCGAGACAAACAUAUGGAGAAUCAAUGGAUUUAUCUGAACGAAUACGAAGAAACGGUCAAACUCGAUUAGGCGAUUAAUUUUUUUAAAAAAAAUAUAUACAUAUAAACAAAAAAAGAUUUAAAAAAAUAUACAAAAAUAAAUAUCAGAAAAGAAGAAAAGACGCUAAUAACGAUAUAAGAAAGAUUUAUUAAUAUCUUAAA